ACUCUUCACCUAGUUCUUCUUUAUUUAAUCGCGUAGCCAAAUAAUGGCAGACGUUUUGUUGUGUUUGUUAUGCGGCUGAUUGUAAGAUAAAUUAUACAGUUUUUACGUGAAAGUUGUGAAAUAUUGUGAUUUGUAUAGUCCUAGCCAGAAUGGCUAAAGUGGAACAGCCGAUAUUUAUCUUGCCUAAAAAGCGCAACGGAAAGAAGCAGAAUAAUAUACCCGCUCACGUUGACCACAUAAUUACCGUGCAGGGUGCAGGAGAAAACGAAGCUCCAUCAAAGUAUUUAAAUGGACUUUCUCCAGUAUCAGAAAACAUGGCGAACGGCAUAAUUCACUCCACAAUGGAGGGACUUAAAUCUAACAUGAAGAUCAACCUGCCUAUCAUAAACGAUGUGAAUGAUGAAGACAUCAAUGAAACAAAUAUUGAUGAUUCAUAUAAGAACUUGCAGAAGAAUGGGUAUCAAGUCCUCUCCACCAAUACCAGCAGGGAGAUUAUAGACUUGUCUCCAAUCUACGAAAAUUCUUCGGAUGCCUGCUCCAGUCAUGGAGACUUGCGUGACAAUGACAAUGAUCUCCAAAAAAGCUGCAAGAUACUCAACAAUGAUCAAAAUGAGAGUUCUUCUGCAACACCAAACAGCCUGUCUCAGACACAAUCUGAAAACAGCUUCGAAAUGGGCAAUAUGACUGAUAGCCUCAAAAACAGUGCAAAAAGAAAAAAACGAGUCAACAUUGUCCCUGGCAUUCUCGAAUCGGAGAAUACUGAUACAGAAGUUACAGCUCUGAGAAUGGAAUCUGAAGGUUCAAUUUCUCCUGAAUGCUCCCUGUCUGAAUCCAGAGAUGGUUACUUAACCAUGACUGGUACAAUUAAAAGAGGCAAGAAGAAAGGACAGAAUGUUGAUGUUAAGCUGAACAUAUCCAGAGAAGAGCUGGAGAUCAUCGAAGCUGCUAUUGUAGCUGAUGAAUACAAUAAGAUGGAUAUUUCUAAAUGCUCUCUGUAUAACGGUCCUCAUAUAUUUCUAUUCAGUUUAAUCUGUAUACCAUUUGUAGCAUUAAUUUCAGCAAUUUACUCAUUUUAUAUGGGUACCAUAACUUGGUACAACAUAUUCACACAUGUAACAGAAGAUUUUAAUUGUAUUAAAAAGAUCUUAUUUGCACCGAUAGUGAUUCUAUCGUAUCCCUUUUUGAUUGUGAUUUUUACAAUCGGCCUAGGGCUGUACGCUGGCAUUGUCCAGCUUACAUUCAGUGCUGCCAACUGGUGGAAGGAUGUUUGUGAUUUUGAGAAAGGUUUUUACGGAUGGCUCUGCAAUUUGCUGGGCAUGUCCGAAUGCAGUCCAUAUGAAGUUGUUGUCCUCAUGGAUGUGAAGGCUUAAAUUUUUCGUCAAUAUACACUGCCGUAAUUUUCAUAUCUAGUAUUUAAGUAUUCCGCUAAUGGAAAGAGAGUUUAUCGAUGUGAUUUAAUGUAUUUGAAUGUAACGGGAUGGGAACAAACUUUGGAGAUGGUAUUUUAAAAAUAAGAUGUAUCUAUGUAAUGUUAAGAUCUUCCUUUGCUCAAAUUCUUCCAAUAUAACAUUCCGUGAAGCGCAAAUUUUUCUAGUCAGUGUAACUUGCAAUACUUUGAAAUUUAUAGUUGAUUAUUUAACAUUUGUAACAUUUAAUGGAUUUUAGAUUGUAAUUUUUUUACAUAUCCUAAGUUAGUGUUACGUAUCUUUAAGAUAUAUUUAUUCAUAGGAUAAGAGCUACUUGCAAAUCAUUGCUAUCUUAAAUUGCAAUAUUGCCAAAAUGCAUUUUAUAAAUGUUUAUUUAUAGCUUAAAAGAAUUUAUGGAUGUAUAUCUAGUCAUUAUGAUGUAUGAUAUAAAAACAAACAUUAUUUGCUUAGCUAAAUUUAUUGAUUUCUAAAUAUAUCAGGAAAACAACAAUAACAUGUUCAUCUAUCAAGUAUCAUCGAUGGCAAAUGGAAUCAUUUCUUGUAAUUUUGCAAUCAUUACGCAUAAUCAAUGUUGUUUAUGAAGACUGAUGUAUUCUAGUCACUAUUGUGGAUGUUUUCUACGUAAUAAACAUAUUUUACAAAA